UUCAGUGAUGUUUUUACUGUCUGCCAAUGCACUUUUAUUAUGCUUCCAGCUGACACGACACCUCCUAAUGUUACAUGCCCCGAUGAUGUCUUCAAGACUGUUGAGCUUGGUACUCUCAAAGUACCCAUCAACUUUACUGAACCAUCAGCUACUGAUGUAUCAGGCAAUGCUACAUUGGUCUUCAGAAACUACAGCUCUGGUGAUGAAUUUCCAGUUGGGUCAACCCUCGUUGAGUAUGUGUUUUCUGAUGGGAGUGGAAAUCAAGCAUCGUGCAACUUCACAGUGGUCGUCAAUACAGUUGACACGACCCCUCCUAAUGUUACAUGCCCUGAUGAUGUCUUCAAGACUGUUGAGCUUGGUACUCUUAAAGUACCCAUCAACUUUACUGAACCAUCAGCUACUGAUGUAUCAGGCAAUGCUACAUUGGUCUUCAGAAACUACAGCUCUGGUGAAUUUCCAGUUGGGUCAACCCUCGUUGAGUAUGUGUUUUCUGAUGGGAGUGGAAAUCAAGCAUCGUGCAACUUCACAGUGGUCGUCAAUACAGUUGACACGACCCCUCCUAAUGUUACGUGCCCUGAUGAUGUCUUCAAGACUGUUGAGCUUGGUACUCUUAAAGUACCCAUCAACUUUACUGAGCCAUCAGCUACUGAUGUAUCAGGCAAUGCUACAUUGGUCUUCAGAAACUACAGCUCUGGUGAAUUUCCAGUUGGGUCAACCCUCGUUGAGUAUGUGUUUUCUGAUGGGAGUGGAAAUCAAGCAUCGUGCAACUUCACAGUGGUCGUCAAUACAGUUGACACGACCCCUCCUAAUGUUACGUGCCCUGAUGAUGUCUUCAAGACUGUUGAGCUUGGUACUCUUAAAGUACCCAUCAACUUUACUGAGCCAUCAGCUACUGAUGUAUCAGGCAAUGCUACAUUGGUCUUCAGAAACUACAGCUCUGGUGAAUUUCCAGUUGGGUCAACCCUCGUUGAGUAUGUGUUUUCUGAUGGGAGUGGAAAUCAAGCAUCGUGCAACUUCACAGUGGUCGUCAAUACAGUUGACACGACCCCUCCUAAUGUUACGUGCCCUGAUGAUGUCUUCAAGACUGUUGAGCUUGGUACUCUUAAAGUACCCAUCAACUUUACUGAACCAUCAGCUACUGAUGUAUCAGGCAAUGCUACAUUGGUCUUCAGAAACUACAGCUCUGGUGAUGAAUUUCCAGUUGGGUCAACCCUCGUUGAGUAUGUGUUUUCUGAUGGGAGUGGAAAUCAAGCAUCGUGCAACUUCACAGUGGUCGUCAAUACAGGAAAAUUGUAUGUUUGA